GACUACUUUCGUAUAAUACUUUCAUUUGAUAAAAAGCUCAUGUGGUAGCUUUUUAACCAGUCGUUUGUUCAGUUUUCUUCUUAUAGGUUUCACUGUCUGCAUCAAAGCAUGAAGGUAUUCUUACUAAGGGAAAGUUUCUACUUAUCUUUGCUCUCGUGUUUGUAUUACAUACACCCAAGCUUUGGCGCUACAGAUACCAUAACUACAACCCAUUUUCUGAAAGAUGGUGAUGCUAAUAUUACUUCACCCGGUGGAAUAUUCGAACUGGGGUUCUUCAGUCCAGGUAAUUCGGAGAAUCGCUAUGUAGGAAUGUGGUACAAGAACGUAUCUGUUAGGACAGUUGUGUGGGUUGCCAACAGAGAAGCUCCUUUGAUCAGUGGAACAGGUAUCUUGAAAGUGAUCGAGCCAGGAGUUCUUGUCCUUUUCAAUGGUACUAACAAUAUUUUGUGGUCAACUAAUACGUCGAGAUAUGUGGAGAAUCCUGUGGCGCAGUUGCUAGAUUCUGGAAAUCUUGUUGUCAAAGAAGCUGGUGAUGAUAGCCCCGGGCAUAUCCUGUGGCAGAGCUUUGAUCACCCAACUGAUACGCUAUUAGCGGACAUGAAGAUUGGUAAGAACUUAGUAACUGGUAGAGAGGUGUACUUGUCGUCAUGGAGGAAUGAGGAGGAUCCUGCCAGAGGUGAUUAUACAUACCACUGUGAUCCUUCUGGUUACCCACAGAAUAUCGUGAAGAAGGGGUCGAUUGUUGUAUAUAGCUCUGGACCGUGGAAUGGUCGAUAUUUCAGUGGCACACAAAACUCAAGAGAAGGUACAUACUAUACAUAUGGAGUAUAUUCAAGUAAGACGGAGGUGUAUUUUGUAUAUAAGCUCACAUCUUCAGUUCUAGUGAGGUUGACAUUGAGUCACAGUGGAGUCCUACAGAUAUGGAUUUUGGGUGACAGAAAACAAGGUUGGGUGCCUUUAAUCUUAAUACCGGCAGAUAACUGUGAUUUGUAUAACUUGUGUGGCGCAUAUGGUAGCUGCAACAGUCAAGAUUCUCCGGUAUGUGGAUGCUUUGACAAAUUUGUGCCCAACAAUAGUGGCGCUUGGAAGAAGGCGGAUUGGUCAGGUGGCUGUGUUCGGAGAACUGAACUGAAUUGCCAUAAAGGAGACGUAUUUUUGAAGUAUUCGCAUAUCAAAUUGCCAGACACAUGGAACUCCUGGUCCAACGUGACAAUGACACUAGAAGAAUGCAAGGAUAUCUGCUUUAAAAAUUGCUCUUGUAUAGCUUACUCAAAUUCUGACAUACGCAAUGGAGGAAGUGGAUGCCUAUUGUGGUUCCAGGAUCUGCUUGACCUUCGGAAGGGAACCAACGGAGGGCAAGAUAUCUACAUUAGAAUGGCUGCUUCUGAAUCAGAUAGUUUGGAACAAUCAGAUGGAAAGACAAGAGAAGUACUUUUCUGGAUCCUACCAUUAUCAGUUGGUUUGGUUCUGGUAUUCCUUGGUCUGAUGAUCUACUAUAGAAGAAGGAAGAAGGCUUUAGAGGUUAAAAACAAAGGAAGGUCCCCGGGAUGCAAUGGAAAUUACAAGAUGAAUUACUACAGUGGCAAUUGCUCUGAAGAAUUUGAAAUACCAUUGGUAGACUUAUCUACCAUAGCAAAGGCUACCAAUAACUUUUCAAUUGACAACCAGAUUGGAGAGGGGGGCUUUGGACCUGUUUACAAGGGCUUACUUGAAGGACAGGAAAUUGCUGUCAAGCGGCUGUCUAGAACUUCCACGCAAGGAGAAAAUGAGUUCAAAAAUGAAGUUGUAUAUAUUGCCAAACUUCAGCACAGGAACCUGGUGAAGAUUCUUGGUUGCUGCAUUGAAGGGGAAGAAAAAAUGUUGAUCUAUGAGUACUUGCCAAAUGGGAGUCUUGAUUCAUUUAUAUUUGAUGACGCACAGAGAAAAGUAUUAGACUGGCCUAAGCGAUUUCACAUUAUCAAUGGUAUAGCUCGGGGACUUGUGUAUCUGCAUCAAGAUUCUCAAUUGAGAAUAAUCCACAGAGACUUGAAAGCUAACAACAUCUUGUUAGACAAGGACAUGAAUCCAAAGAUAUCAGACUUCGGCAUAGCAAAAAUAUGUGAAGAAAGUAACAUUGGUGCCAAGACAAACCGAGUUGUUGGAACAUACGGAUACCUCUCACCGGAAUAUGCAUUGCACGGGAGAUACUCAGUAAAAUCAGAUGUAUUUAGCUUCGGUAUCAUAAUAUUGGAAAUCAUGAGUGGGAAAAGCAACAGAAGAUUCUCUCAUCCAGAUCACAACCUUAAUCUACUUGGACAUGCAUGGAAACUCUAUAAAGAAGGUAGGUCAACAGAACUACUUGAUGAAUACCUAGGUGAUUCUUGUUCAAUACCCGAAGUGGAACGAUCAAUAUGUGUUGGUCUAUUAUGUGUCCAACAAUGUCCAGAAGAUCGUCCAAGUAUGUCUUCUGCGGUUAUGAUGUUAAACAAUGAAGGUGUAUUGCCACAGGCUAAACGGCCAGGUUUUUACAUAGAAAGAGAUACACCGGAUAGCAAAUUAUAUCCACACUGUACAGUGACUGAGACCCCCAUCACAAUAUUAGCUCCCCGAUAAGAAAAUAUAGGUUCACUUGCUUCCAACAAGGGAGCAGUUUGAAUAACCUUUUCUUUAAUUCUUUGUAGAAAUGUGGUGAACGUUAUCUGCAUAUGCCUUUGCCUUAUUGAAGUAUCAACAUGUAAAACUGACUCAAAAUAUAUGUAAAUAUUAAAGCUUACUGAUUGGCUGUUA